AUGUCGGUGAUCGUAUACAGUACAGCUAUUGCGCUUUUCGCAUGGAUUAUCUACUAUAGAAAAGCCGCGGCCCCGCAGAAAGUCAAGCUUCCAUAUGUCGAAUUCGACGAUGGCGAUAACUCUGCAGAGAGAUACAGGAGUGACUAUGAGGCAAUCCUGCGAAAAGGGUAUGAACAAUACACUUCCAAGGGUUUGCCUUACUCCAUGAAGGAUCCAAAUGACCCUAACCGACCGGUUGCCAUGUUGCCGAUGAAAUACCUCGAAGAAGUGAAAUGGAUCCCCGAGGAACGGAUCAGCUUCUGGAAACAUAUCGACAAGCAAUCGAUCUUGACCCAGAUUGGCGGGCCAGGCAUCACUGAGGAGGUUGCUCGAGCAGCUCGGCAGGGCCUCAACAAGGCAUUGGCCUACUUGAUCGAAGAUGUCCAACGAGCAUGCGAUGUUGCCUAUACAAAGGAAAUGCCCUCAUGUCCAGAAUGGACCACCAUCCUACCGUACCCGCUGAUUAUGAAGGUGUUCGCCGGCAUGUCGGCGCGGACGAUUGUUGGGCCUGAGCUCUGCGGGUUCGACUCGGAGUGGCAGCAGUUGUCUAUGGAAUAUGUCAGGAACGCGCUAAGCUCGCCGGGCAAGGUCAAGGUCGCCUACCCCCAGUGGCUUUACUGGCUGGCGCAAUACACCGACUCCGGGAUCAGGAAGAUGAGGAGGAUACAAAGACGCGCCAGCCAGAUCCUUAACCCCGUUUUACAGAAUCGGAUUGCUGCCACGGAGGAGUUGAAGGUGAUAGGGCAAAAGAGCAGAGGACCACGCAAAUACGAGGAUGGCGUGCAGUGGCUUCUAGACGCGCACAGUGCCCAUGGUAAGGAGCUCUCAACAACUCAACUGGCACGGGAUCUCUUCGUCAUGAUGACAGCCUCAAUACAUAGCACCACCGGCGCUGGGCUGUGUAUUCUUUUGGACAUGAUGGACCAUCCGGACAUGAUUCACGAGAUUCUUGACGAGAUCCAGCGUGUUCAGGGAACCCUUGUUGGUGGAAUAUGGACUCGUGCGGCCUUAGGGGAACUCCGGCUUCUCGACAGCUUUAUGCGAGAAAGCGCCCGUUUCCACGCGCUGACCCAGUACAUGGCGGUCCAACGCAUCCCCACCACGCCGUGGACCUUUAAGGACGGCCUGCAAAUUCCUGCCGGAACUACGUUCGCAUUCCCGAGCUUCCACCACAACUUUGACCCUACGAUACACUCCAAACCCGAAGUUUUCGACGCCAAGCGACAUUUGCGAAAGCGCGGGAAUCUUUCCGACACUCACAAGUACCACUUUGCAUCGGCGUCUGAGGACUCGGUCAACUGGGGCGCGGGUCGACAUGCGUGCUCCGGCCGCUUCUUUGCCCAGGAGACCCUGAAGCUUAUGCUGAUGCGUUUGCUGAUGAACUACGACAUUAAACACGACAAGACAUCGGAAGACACACCGAGGUUCCUGAACCACAACUUGUUCGUGAUUCCUAAUCCAGCGCUUCCGCUCCUAUUCAAAGAGCGCAAGAGGGCAGUGUAG